AUAAAGUUUUCACUCCUGCCAUCUAUGAUUUUGAUGAACAAGUAAAUAUAAACAAAGAACGUGUAAAGUAGAGGAAGAGAUGAGAUGGCACAUGAGGACAAUAGAGUUUUCACUCCUCCCAUCUAUUUGUGGUCUUGGAAUUCAACUUUAUAGCGGCUAAGAUGUGUAAUGGUGGCCCAUUUCUUGCAUCAUCCGUGGCCAAUAAUAAACUUCUGCGUAUACAAAAACCAUACUUGUUUAUUGGGUUUAAUUUUGGGUGUACAAAUUUUGGUUACAUUCAAAUUAAACAAUAUCAAUUCCCAACUUCCAUCUUAAUGGCUGUAGGUGUAAGGCACUGCACCAUAAGGUUCAUGGAACUUGAAUCAUCAUCACUAAUGAAAUGUUCGCUCUUGUCUUCACCUCUAUAUAGAAAGCAAUCAGUUCACUUCUACAACUCUUCUACUCAAAGAUAUAAUCAAUGUUGUUCAUUGUCGAUGAAUGGAUGCCAAGGCGAUUCAAGAGCUCCUAUUGGAACCGUUGAAACUCGAACUUUGCCUGCAGUUUCUAGCCCUGCAUUGGCCAUGGAACGUCUCAAUUCUGCCAUCUCCGAUAUGAUUAAGUCCGAUCCUCCGCCUUACAAUUCCGGCAUUAUUCGCCUUGAGGUGCCAAUUGAAGAGCAGAUUGAAGCACUUGAGUGGCUUCAUGCCCAGAACCAUCUCCUCCUCCCUCGCUGCUUCUUCUCCGGUCGAAGAGUUGCUUCUGAAAUGUGCAUCAAUGGAGCUUCUUCUCAUUCUAAAUUGGUCAGUGUAGCUGGUGUCGGUUCAGCUGUCUUCUUUACUCAUUUACGUCCCUUCUCAUUAGACGAUUGGCGUGCUAUAAGAAGGUUCCUCUCCAAGAAAUGUCCACUAAUUCGUGCUUAUGGGGCAAUCCGAUUUGAUGCAACAGCCAAUAUAGCUUCUGAAUGGAGUGCGUUUGGCUCAUUUUAUUUCAUGGUUCCUCAGGUUGAGUUUGAUGAGCUUGAAGGAAGUUCAAUUAUUGCUGCAACUAUUGCAUGGGACAAUGCUGCCUCAUGGACAUACCAGAGGGCAAUAGAUGCACUUCAGGCCACAAUAUGGCAGCUUUCCUCCGUUCUUAUAACAGUGCAGAAGAAAAAUCCCCAAUCGCAUAUACUUGCCAAUACUCAUGUGCCGGGUAAAGCGUCUUGGGACCAUGCGGUUAAGCGUGCUUUGCAAAUAAUAAGCAGAAAUGACCCUGUACUGAUCAAGGUGGUACUUGCUCGUAGCACCAGAGUUGUGACAGCUGCAGAUAUUGAUCCGCUAACAUGGCUGGCUUGCUUAAAGGUUGAAGGAGAAAAUGCAUAUCAGUUCUGUUUGCAACCUCCCCAUUCGCCGGCAUUCAUUGGAAACACUCCAGAGCAGCUAUUUCAUCGGGACCGCCUCAGCAUUUGUAGUGAGGCUUUAGCUGGAACACGGGCUAGGGGUGGAUCAGAGCUUCUGGAUCUUAAUAUAGAACAUGAUUUACUAUCCAGCGCUAAGGACCAUAAUGAGUUUGCUAUAGUACGGGAGUGCAUAAGAAGAAGAUUGGAGGCUGUGUGUUCAAGCGUUAUAAUUGAACCAAAGAAAGCAAUAAGAAAAUUUACAAGAGUUCAACAUCUUUACGCUCGAUUGAGGGGGAGACUCCAGGCUGAAGAUGAUGAGUUUAAGAUAUUGUCAUCGGUGCACCCUACUCCAGCAGUUUGUGGGUAUCCUACAGAAGAUGCACGGGCUUUUAUUUCAGAAACUGAAAUGUUUGACCGAGGAAUGUAUGCUGGUCCUGUUGGUUGGUUUGGAGGGGAAGAGAGUGAAUUUGCUGUUGGAAUAAGGUCGGCUUUGGUUGAAAAGGGUCUUGGCGCACUAAUUUAUGCGGGAACUGGGAUAGUGGAAGGAAGUGAUUCAUCUCUAGAAUGGGAAGAGCUAGAGCUAAAGACUUCACAGUUCACCAAAUUGAUGAAACUUGAGGCACCUCUUUUGACUAGAGGACAAAGUAGGAUUAUCAAUCAGAAUCAGAAAGGAAAAAGGACAUUGUGUCAGGAAUUUACAGAAGCACAGAGCAUCAAAAACCUAAAAGUUUUUCCAUCUUAGCUCACACUCAUUCUCCCCUUCUACUUACCAGCAUUGCAUGUGAGAGGAGAAAGGGAGCAAACUGACUUUCUAUAGUUUCAAGUCCUAUUUCUAUUCGUAACUUGGUGCAGACAAGCUCUAACAAGGCUUCCCCUCAAUGCAGUUCAAAGAGCCUGAAAAUCUUGUUAGCCUGCCUGCGUCUGAUCCUGCCCUGGGGUGGAUCAUAUCAGGACCCGUCGUGAAUUUAUGAUUGGGAUCUCCAGAUUCCACGAAGAAGGCUCCGUUCAUCAUCAGAUCUCCCUGUGAUCUCCACACCCAAUUCUUCCACACACUCUCAGGUGAAUAUUCCCUUUUGGUCACCUACAAUAAAAGGUAAAUGAGAAUGAGCAUGUAUCUUCAACAAGAGUUAGUCAAGUGUAGUAUUCUUGAUUUGUUCAUUCUUUUCAUAAACACAAGAUUGUGAUGCGA